AUGGGUCACAUGGAAGGAUCACAAGCUCUAGUUUUAUUCAUUCUCUGUGCUCUUCUGUAUCACUCAGUAGCUGCAGAUCAUACUGCAAGGUAUUUGUCUGAAGCAGAAGAGAAAGAAUUGCAGACACAGCUCAAAUCCCUUAACAAGCCUUAUGUCAAAUCUUUCAAGGAUGAGUAUGGGAUCACAUUUGACUGUGUGGAUAUUUACAAACAACCAGCUUUCGAUCAUCCUUUGCUUAAGAACCACACUCUUCAGACGGCUGGAGUGUCAUUUUCGGAUUUGAAUGAAUCAGUGAAGUUCUAUGGAAUAUCAGCUAUUUUGGAUGUUUAUCAACUUUCCGGUGUAUUGGAUACUCAAACAAGCGCAACACAAAUAGUUGUCAAUAAAGGAGAAACAGGCCCUCUGGAUUACCGCAACGUCGUACAAGCUGGAUUUCAUGUUCAUCAUGAAGCUGAGGGAGACAACUUGACUCACUUGUUCACUUAUUGGACAACAGAUGGGUAUCAAAAGACUGGUUGCUUCAACAUCCAUUGUGCUGGUUUCAUCCAAACAAGUGAAAGGGUGACACCAGGCCUAGUUUACACCCUAAGCAACUUGGCACUCAGUAUAUUUAAGGAUCCAAAAACGUCUAAUUGGAUGCUGGUCAAUGACAAAGAAUGGAUUGGCUAUUGGCCGAAGGAGAUCUUCAACAACUUGGCUGAUUCUUCUCAGAUUCAACUGAGUGCGACAGCUAGCUCUCCUACGGAUCAGCCUAGUCCUCCGACGGGCAAUGGGGAACUUGGAGGAGCAUCUUUUAAGAACAUCACCGUUUUGAAUGGGGAGCUUAAUCCAUACCCGCCAUAUGUCCAGCAUGCAGAAACGUUCCUUGAUAUUGGCAAACCCUUCUAUGAAGCCGUAUACAAUGUCGAUUCUGGCUUGUUCUAUGGUGGCCCUGGAGGAUGGAAGCCAGCGCCACAGAAUCCUCCGAGUUCAAUUUCUCAUCGUUAG